UUCUAAAAUUUCCCGCGUUGAAUGCGCAGAUCAUCAUCACGCAUUAAUGAUAGUUCUGCCACUGGUGAGUUAUUUGUAAAGCUUCUUAUACAGCCGUGCAUUCAAAACACCGGAAAGAGGUAUGGAGCAAGUUCAUCGAGUUCGUCGUGGGUGGCCUGCAGAGAACGUAACGUGUUGUGUGGUCCGAACUGUUCGUAUGCUGGAUGCAACUGUCACAGGGCAUAGAAGAAGAUGCAAGACACGCUUUGUUCGAAUGAAACGAAGAGGGCGGGCUUCUCUAAGACUGAAUAUAGUAGUCUCCACGAAAUAAUUAGCCUAUAGUGACUGGCCCGGGAAUCCGUUAGUAUGGAUAUAGUCGAUGGUUCUUGCUAUACACACAUGGGAGAUGAAUUUUAAAAUUGUAUUUGUAGAAACGAAGACUGGAAGAAUUAUUUGCGAGAUAGAAGUAGACACCUAGUGGUGAGAGUAUCGAAUUAUCGGCAAAACCCAUACGCCGAAGACAACAAUAGUUUUAAGGAUGUAUCUGAAGAUGACAUUUUUCUUGGUUUAUUUUAUACUUUUUCAUCGAGUAUCAUCAGAACUAACACAUGCAUUUGCUACUAAUUUGAAUGGCGAAAAUGAAACAUGGAAACAAAGUUUAGAACUAAGUCCCAGAGAUAGAAUAAAGGAUUCUAGUUACCUGCUGGGCAGGUAUCCUAUAAGAGAAUUACCAUCUGAUUCCUUUAAUUGUCAUAGGCAUGCAAAAUGUGUAGAGAUGCAAAAGAAUACAUGUAUGGGCACAAGAUUACCAUAUAGUACUACUACAUUGGAACUUAUACCUGAACAUAUAACUCAAGAUAUUAUAGAAGAAAAAUUACAUGUAUUACAAACAUUAAGACAUGUGCCAAAGUGUUGGGCAGUUGUUCAACCUCUCUUGUGUUCAAUAUUUAUGCCAAAAUGUAUCAAUGACACAGUAGAUUUACCAUCACAAGAAAUGUGUAAAAUGGUUUCAGGACCUUGUAGAAUUGUAUUUAAUCAUACAAUAUGGCCAAGUUUUGUUAAAUGUGAAAAUACAGAUUUAUUUCCUAGAUUAUGUAAAAAUGAUAUCAGAGAAUUGAAAUUUAAUAUUUCUAGCAAAUGCUUAAAGCCUUUGGUUCCAACUGAUAAUACCCUUGCUAUUUUUGAAGGAGUUGAAGGUUGUGGAUUACAAUGUAAUGAUCCACUUUUUACGCCAGAUGAACAUAAACAAAUUCAUUCUUUUAUUGCUUGGGCUGCAGGAAUCUGUGGUUCAUUCAAUUUAUUUACAAUUAUAACAUUUUUAAUUGAUUGGAGAAGUGCAAAUAAAUAUCCAGCUUUAGUAAUAUUUUAUAUCAAUUGUUGUUUUAUGGUAUCCUGUAUUGGAUGGCUUGCUCAAUUUACACCAGGAAGUAGAGAAGUAAUUGUAUGUAGAAAAGAUGGAACUUUAAGAAUGAGUGAACCAAGUGGAGAAAAUUUAUCAUGUGUCGUAGUAUUUGUUCUUGUGUAUUAUUCCCUUAUGGCAGCUAUGGUCUGGUUUGUGAUUCUUACGUAUGCUUGGCAUAUGAGCUUUCAAGCAUUAGGCAAAAUCCAAGAUAGAAUUGAUAAAAAGGGUUCAUAUUUUCAUUUAAUUGCUUGGUGUUUGCCACUUGUUCUCACUGUCACAAUUAUGGGAUUAGGAGAAAUUGAUGGAAAUAGUGUUACUGGUAUAUGUUUUGUGGGUUACACUAAUCAUGCAGUCAGAGCUUGGUUUUUACUUGGUCCUGUGUUGAUUGUUUUACUGGUUGGAGGCUAUUUUUUAUCCAGAGGAUUAAUUACUUUGAUUCGAUUAAAAAUCAGUAGCCAAGAAAUUAUAUCUGAAAGAGCAAGUUCUAAAAUACGAGAAACUAUUGUACGUAUGGGAUUGUUUUCAAUUUUUACAUUUGCUGCAGUUGUGGUGACUUUUUAUUGUCAUAUUUAUGAAUUUCAACAUUCUUCGGAAUGGCAUCAAAGUUUUAGAAAUUAUAUGAUAUGUGCAAUAACUACAAAAUAUUUGGAUAUCUCUGAAUGUAAAAUGGAAAUCCGACCAAGUGCAGCUAAAAUGCAGUUACAUUUACUAUCACCCUUCUUUGCUGGUAUUCUUAUGUCUUCAUGGGUAUGGACUGGUUCAACAGUAGAUACUUGGACUAGAUUUCUUAGACGAACAUUUAAUUGUGAAACUGAAGAACCUAUUAGACUAAAAAAACAUAAAGUAAUUGCUCAAGCAUUCGCAAAACGGAAAACAUUUAAUAAUGCUGGUCGAUUAUCUAUUAGUUUUCAUAAUACUCACGAAGAUCCAGUUGGCUUAAAUUUCGAUUUAAAUUCCGUAGCUUCUCAAGAUUUCAGUUCAACAUGGGCAGCUGCUUUACCAAAAUUAGUUACUCGUAGAGGUGCACUCGUUGGUGGUACAACGGGAUCUGUAUCCAGUAAUAGAAGAAAUUCUGUAGAUUCUGAAAUUAGCUUCAGCGUGCGUCGAGUAUCUGUAGAAUCCAGGAGAAAUUCUUUAGACUCUCAAAUAUCAGUUCAAAUAGCUGAAUUGAAGACAACACGGAAAGUUGCUAGCAGUUCACGCGGUCGACGUGGAAAACGGCGACGAGACUUUGGAAAAUCAAGAUCAAGUAAAGUAGGUCCAUUGUUUAGAAGAGGCAGUACAACAUCACAAGAAAGUCAGCUUGGUGCACAGAUAUUGUCAGCAUUAACUAUAGGUGGUAAUUCAAGAAUACCACCUAUUCAAGUACCUAAUAUGAAGAGACGAUCGGCUAGUGCCGGUUUAGAUGAACGUGCUUUGAAUUCUAAACUGUUUGAUGGGAAAAAUCCAGGGAUGUUGCUUCCGUUUUUGUUUCCAGGACAAAGUGGUAGUGAUGAAAAUUUAAGUAGUGAGGAGAAACAGCAUCAAGGAAUGCCAAGAAAAGAUGUAGAUAUUGAAGGUGGAAAUAUGGAGAAGGAUGAUCAAGAUAGUGAUAGUGAUGAUAGUCAACCAGAAGAAGAAGCAAAGAUGUUAGAUCCUGAAGAACCCCAUGAACGUAGCAAGAGCAAAAUUAGUAACAAAAGUUCAAAAAGUUAUAGUCACGAAAGUGAUAGACGGAGCAGAGAAGGCCGUAAAAGUAAAUAUCUGCUUCAAGAUGAAACCAUCUUGAAACAUUUGUUUCAGGAAUCUAGUGAUAUUAAAUUGAAAAGCGAUGCAGAAAUAAAAGAAGUAUACAGGAAAGCUGGAAUAGGUAAUCUAGCAUCUAGUCUAACUUCAUGUUGUCCUGAAUUAACAAGACUAAUGCAAUCUGAAGGUCAGACUGGUAAUGCUCGAGAAAUAGCAACACAAACAUCUUUACCAUUAGACAUUUUAGAAAUGGAAGAAUUAAAACAAAGUAUAGAUGAGAUUAUCAAUAGUCGAAAUUGCAGUUCAAAAGGAACGCAAAUUUCACCACAGUUGAAUAAAAACAAAAAUAUCACUACGUAAC